GCUUCAUCUCGUCGCUGUGACGAUGGCAAGGGCGGCGCCGACGUCGGCGAUGAAGGCCAAGCAUCGACUCAGCAGUGACGCGAUCUGGGCGGACGAGAGGACAAAGCUCGUCAAGAACGACGAUAGCGAGGACAGCGAUCUCAACGAGGCAACUCUGACGGAUUUCUGGCGCUUACCUGAGGAGCUGCGCAAAGUCAUCUUCGAUCUUGCCAUUGGCGCUGGCUCGGAGAGGAGUACGCAGCUAGUCGCAAACCUAGCAAAGGUGUCGCACUACUUUCAUGCGCUGUUCAAUCCGGUACUCUACGAGCGCGUCUGCAUCAUACGACCAAGCACUCUUCUCGCCUUCAGACGUGCUCUCGCGCUUUGCCCAGCCAACGCCCAGCUCGUUCGCAGCCUUUGGCUGGGACCACAGGCUGAAUUGGCGCCCGAUUGGUACCCAGUCCGCAUCGAGGACGAGGAUGAGGACGAGGAGGGCAAUUGGGAAGCCGAAGCCGAAGAGCUCAUCUUCUUCAAGACCUCGCUCGGUACCCGUGACGAAGAGCUGAUCCUUCCUCGAUGGUGCAAGCCAGAACGCGAGUGGCUUCUCAACUUCCCAGUGCGCACAUGUCAAGAGCAAGCAGCGAUCGCUGCAAUUCAAACAGCCGCUAGUUCAAUCGAAGUCUACUUGGCGGAGCGGCUCCGCGAUCAGCAUUUCCAAGGCAUCGGGAUAAAUGCCUUCACAGCUCGAAUUCUUCAAACUCAGAGUGCACUCGAUCUGUACCUCAUGGAAAUGAGACGCAUCGACGACAGGAACGAUAUGGUGCACUCGUGGCGCUCAGACUCUCCCUUGCCCAAAGCACCCACGAAAUGUCGCGCUGGCAAAUGCCGGCACUACCCUACACUCCGCAUCGAGAUGAGAUUGCAGCACGUCGAGAUAGACGAAGGCGCUAAGCAAGCGGCGAAAGCUAAAGCGGCGAAGAGGAAGAAGUCCAAGAGACAGAGCAAGAUCAAGAAGAAAGCAAAUAGGGGCUCAGGAAUGACGAGAAGCAAGAACAACGCCGAGCUUGUUUUGACUUUGGAUCAACUCAAAGCACAUCUCGACCGCCCUGGCGCGCAGACCGACCACUUUGACCACCCGUACAUCUACGCCCGCUCCGGACUCAAGAUGCUCUGUCUCGACUAUGAAAAUCGGAUCACCGUCGACUACGAUCAAGAAAUGAAAGAAGACUUCUACAGCGACGACUACGACUUCAGUGAUCCCUGGGGCCUUGGUGGCGGCUCCCAUAAUUCUGACCUCGACAGCUACGACUCGGACGAGUCCGUUCUCAUCUCGGACUCUGUAAUGUCUUUGUCCUCCUCUGAAGGCUCCUCGGAAUGCUCGUCAUUCACAAAGAAAUCUGAACUUCCGACAUCACCAGAGUCGGACAGUAGCUUCAGCUCGUGCGACUUUUUGACCCCUCGAGUUGGAGGGCAGAGCAUGCUCAAGCUCAGUCACUUGAUCCUGAAGGCAACUACAAAGCUCGUCAAUCUUGGCAUCACAGGCUCGUUCGAGAAACUCUUCCGAAAGCCUUCACCGCUCUCAGGUCUCCGCUAUCUCUCCGUGGGACCCCUCUCUCGCCAUGAAGCAGCCGGUAUCUGCUUUCAGGACGUGCAGCUUCCGAGCCUCGAGAGAUUACGCGUUUGUGGCGACUGCAUUGGCAGGGGAACAGCGUGCAACGUAGCCGGAGUGCACAGUAGAAGCCACGAAAGCGAUAUUUGGACGCGGCUGAAAGACUUUCAGUGGGAUUUUGGCAGAGCAGAAUGCUUCGAUGGAGAUCCUGGUCAUGACUUUCUCCUCAGCCUUAUCGAAGCGCUACAGGGUGCUUGGCUGCCCGAGGAUAGAGCAAGAGCGAUCAGCGGUCCGCGCUACACGGAGGCUCGUCUGCAUCCCCAGUUGGUUGCCACCGUAUUGGAGAAUGCUCCCUCACCUACGGUACGGGCUGCCUGGAUUGAUGGGGGGAUCAUCAACGACGCACCGCAUCGUGUUCGUAUCGUAGAGAGUCAUGCGACACGCACCGUGGACCCCUGGAGACCAGAACAGGACUUGGAAAGGCUGUACACAGAUUCGAUUCAGUGGUGGGAAGAGAGGGCGCUUGAGGUGAGCUCGCAGAUGUAGGCGACCGGCGGAGGAAGGGAUGAUUGUCGAGGCGAUUCCUUGUAAGGUAUGUACAGCAAUCAGGCUUGAAUCAUCAUAUACCCUCUACAAUGCUUAUCAAUAG